AUGAGCUGUCUCAAAAAUUCGACCCUCCACGAAUGGGUCCAGUUCGUGCCGGAUUACUUCUUUGCCGCGACUCUGCUGCAUGUUAUCCAUCGCUUCCAUUCUCUCAAUCGCGCACUGGCUUGUCUACUACCCCAAUCUCUACUAGAAAAGCACAAAGCCCAUUCGGAAUUGGCAAUAACCAAAGUGCGUCGGCGGCUACAAACAAAUACUGCUCGCCCGGACUUCAUCCACCAUAUGAUGAAAGCGGCGGAUGCAGAUACCAUCUCAAAGGAGCAACUGGAGAAGCAAGCCUCUAUCCUGAUUCUCGCUGGGAGCGAGACCACCUCAGUCGCCCUUACCUUUGUGACAUUCCACUUGAUCCAGCACAAGGACAAAUUCACCAGGCUGAGGAGCGAGCUAGGGGUGGUCUUUACUAAUGAAAGCGAUAUCGAUAUCGUGUCCGCAAAUGAACUACCUUACCUUCACGCGGUGAUCUAA